AAUGUGAAGGAUUUUAUCUCUCUCUUUCUCUAUUAAAAUUAAUAACCUAAACAUGAGAAGAAGAGACAUAUCCCCCUCCUCCUCUUUUCCUUUCCUUCCGACUUUUUCAAUCCAAAUUAACGCUAAAUCCCUAGUUUUCUCAUAUCAAAAUCUCUAAAAAUCCAAAAAUUAAAAACCCUAAAAAUCCUAAAUCAAAAUCAGUUAACUCCUUUGAUUUGUUGUUGAAACUUUGAUUGGGAUAUUAUGGAUUCUUUUAAGCUAGCUCUUGGGGUUGGUGACGGAUUUCUUGUACCUCUGUUUGUGCAUCUCCUCUUAGAGCAUGGUUGCAAUAUCAAAGCGGCAUCUUGCGUAGCUCAUCCCUCUCAAUUCUCCCUUAGGUUCCCUAGUGGUGAUUCAAUUGUUCCUUGGCUUAAUGUAGCUGAUUUCAGCGGGUUGCUGGUAUAUCAUACCUCGAUGUAUAGCUAUGAGUCCUUGAAUCCAUCUUAUGCCUUUGCUCAUCUUCAUCUAGAUGAGAGGAACAAAUUUCAAGCUUUUGAAAAGUUGUUUUCUAGCAAGGAUGUGUAGCACAUGAAUCUCUGGAUCCUUCCUUCCUUGUGUGAUUGGUUACUAAGGUUACUUGCCUUGGUGUGUUCUAUGUCUUUGAUUUUAGUUCUUUGAGUCUAUGUUUAUGCUUUGUUUUAUGUUUAUAGACAUUUUUAAGUUUAAUAGAGUAUGUCUAUUCUG